AUGGUGGCCAAGAUCAAGUGGUUGGAGAAGCUACAGGGGGACUGUCGAAAGAUGGUGAAGUUCUUUAAAAAGAACCAGCUGCUCUUAGCAGAACUUCAUCAGUUACAACGUCUUGAAGACAACACCGCACUAGGAAUGCCCGCUGACAUGGGAUGGGGCAUCGUCGAAAAGUGUUUCGCUUCUGUGCUUGAAUUGGAGCAUCCCUCUGCCAAUGGUUAG